AGUGGUUGUUGGUUGCUGCAGGGCAACACCCUGGCGUCCCUGGAAGCCGGGAGCCGGACACCCCGACAUUCCUAAAAGCGGGGAACCGGGGUGGUGCUGGGGAGGCGGUGCAGAGCCACCGCCCAGGGUUUCCCGGGUCGAGGACAGCGGAAAACUUCACCAUCACCCUGGGAAUUCAUUCUUCUAGUGUACGCAGCACGCAUCAGUUUGGGUCUCUGGGAUCUAGGUCUUCAAGCCCGAACUGAAUCAUGGCCAGACGACCCAUCCUCUUAGGAGACCAGCUGGUUCUGGAGGAAGAUUCUGAUGAGACCUAUGUUCCCAGUGAGCAAGAAAUUCUUGACUUUGCCAGAGUGAUUGGUAUUGAUCCCAUCAAGGAACCAGAACUGAUGUGGUUGGCGAGGGAGGGUAUUGAGGCCCCAUUGCCGAAGGGCUGGAAACCAUGCCAGAACAUCACAGGUGAUCUUUACUAUUUCAACUUUGACACUGGGCAGUCCAUUUGGGACCAUCCAUGUGAUGAGCACUAUCGGAAGUUGGUGAUCCAAGAGCGGGAGAAGGGAUCAGCUCCUGGGGCCAUUAAGAAGAAAGAUAAGAAAAAGAAAAAAGAAAAGAAAAAUAAGAAGGACAAAGAAACCUCCCAAAGUCCUCUGGUUCUGGGUUCCCCCUUAGCUCCUGUCCAGGCUCCUCUUUGGGGCCUGGCUCCUUUACGAGGACUUGCAGAUGCUCCACCCUCUACUCUUCGUGGAUCCCAAAAUAUGAGCCUGGGGAACUUGGUGGAUUCUGGGCAACAGGGAGAACCCAAGCUGGAGCCUCUACAGGGUCUCAAGACUGCUGCUUGUGCCAAGGGUCUCUUGGGCUCCAUCCAUGAGGACAAGAAUGUUCUCAACCUCAUGACGUUAGGGGAGGAAAUCAAUGAGGAGGUUGAAGAGGAGAGUGAUAGCCAGAGUGUCAGAUACUCCCGGGUGCUCCUCAAGAACCUGCACCUGGACCUGGGGACUCUGGGGGGCAACUUUGAGUAUGAGUCUACUUCCCAGGAGUCUCCGAGAACCAGCCAGCCAGUGGACAAGAAGGACGUUUCUGUUGACUCAGAUGCCGCCCGACCCCCUACCCCCAGCAAGCUGUUCAGUCAGGGUGCAGACAGCAGUCUGAAUAGUACUGAUGGCAGCAAGUCCCAGGGAAAAGGGGCAACUUGUUGGUGCCCACAAAAAGAAGAGAGUAAGAAAAGUGAUCCUGAGGCCUCUGUGAGUCCAGUGGCUUCUGAGGUGGGCCCUGGAGGUGAUCAGCCUACCAAGGUCUCUGAAAAGGAGCAGGCCAAGGACCCAGCAGAUGUAGAAAAGGAGGGUUCUAAAAGGGAAGAUGCAGCAAAGGAGCCAAAGGAGGUUUCUGCCCUGGAAGAGACCAUGUCAGAUGCCAGUGAGGAGUCAGAGAUCCUUGAGCACAUGAAGAACUCACAGCUUUCAGGCUCUGAAGCUUUUCAACCUAAGUCCUUCCUUGGCCUGGACUUUGGUUUUCGCAGCCAUGUCUCAGAGCACCUGCUGGAUGGUAACUUGCUUUCUCCGAUCUUUAAGGGAACACAUUGGAAGGCUUGGAGCGGGGAACAAGAAGAUGGAGCCAUAGGAGAGAGAGGUAGCCUCUUCCUGGGAGAGACAGAACCACAGGCCCGGGGGUUAAGCAGAGAAGAGCAGGAUGACAGCCAGUCCAGCCCAGAUGAGCCGCAGUGCAAACGGCCCCAAGUCUCUGAGAGGUUGUCUCCCCCACUUCUGCCUGGGGAGCGGCUCCAGAGUCCCCUUCACAGCCAGGCCACUGAGGAAGGGCCUCCACAGGCCCCUGAGGGGCAGCCUGAGAAAAGGGAAGCAGAGGAGCCUGGGGAGGAUUUUGUAGCCAGCUCCACCCAGCUGAUGCCCCUCCAGAGUGGUAAUAUCUGGGCUUCACUGCAAAUGACUGAGAAGUGCUGGGAAAGGGAGGAAGGAGGUUGGAGACUGAGGGAGCAGGCACCAAGCCCACCUGCUGCCCAUGAGAGGGUUGAGGAGCAGCACUCCCGGGCAGAGGAGGAGCUGGGCGUUGGGCAGCAACAGGCUGAGGAGGCCAAGGAGCCCAAGAAGCCCGAGGAGAAGGUGGUCAGCCCCACCUCACCAGUCUCUCCAGAGGUGCAAUCCACAGAGCCUGUGGCUCCCCAAAAUGGGCUUUCAGAGGCUGUAUUGAAGGCCAUGGAAGAGGAAGCGAACAAAGAGCUGGAGGACCAGAGGAGGCUGCUGGAAUUGCAGCAAGAGAAGAAACAGCAGCUGCAGGAGAGGCUGUGGCGAGAGGAGGAAGAGGAGGUGCAGCGGCUUUACCAGCAGAAGGAGAAGUUGCUCAGUCUCCGGAAGGCUCAGCUGCAGAGAGCUGCUGAGGAAGAGGAGAAGGAAGAGGAGACUCGGAUGAGAGAGGAAGAAAGCCGAAGGCUAUCCCUGCUCCGAGCUCAGCUGCAGUCCAGCACAGAAGCAUAUGAGAAAAAAAUCAGAGCUGAGCAAGAGGCUGCCCUGCAGAGGCUUGAAGAAGAGGCAGAGUCCUUCCAGAGGGCUGAAAAAGCCAGCUUGGAACAGAAAAGCAGGUGGGCGCUGCAGCAGCUGAGGGAGAAGCUGGAGGCUGAGGAGAAGCGUGCGCAGGCUGCCCUGAGGGCUGAGAAGGAGGCUGAGAAGGAGGCACUUCUGCAGCAGCUGAGGGAGCAGCUGGAAAGGGAGAAGAAAGAAGCAGUAACAGGGCUGGAGAAGGAACACAGUGCUGAGCUGAAGCGGCUCUGUUCCUCACUAGAGGCCAAGCACCAGGAGGCAGUUUCCAGCCUCCAGAGGAAGAUAGAGGGAGCUCAACAGAAAGAGGAGGCCAAGCUGCAGGAGGGUCUUGGGUGGGCAGAGCAGAGAGCUCACCAGAAGGUUCAUCAGGUGAUUGAGUAUGAGCAAGAGCUCAGCAGCCUCCUUCGAGAUAAGCGCCAGGAGGUGGAGAGGGAGCAUGAGAGGAAGAUGGACAAGAUGAAGGAGGAGCACUGGCAAGUGAUGGCCGAGGCCAGAGAGCGAUAUGAAGCCGAGGAGAGGAAGCAACGGGCUGACCUCCUGGGGCACCUAACUGGAGAGCUGGAGCGCCUGCGAAGGGCCCAUGAGCAAGAGUUAGAGAGUGUGAGGCAGGAGCAGGACCAGCAGCUUGAGGACCUGCGGCGCAGGCACCGGGAGCAGGAAAGGAAAUUUCAAGAUUUAGAAGUGGAACUUGCAACUAGAACUAAAGAUGUCAAGGCUAGGCUGACUCAGCUGGCUGCUCAGGAGGAGACUGUGUGGAAGGAAAAGCAGCAACUCCUGGAUGCGCAGAGGCAGGCUGCCCUGGAGAGGGAGGAAGCCACAGCCACUCAUCAGCAUCUGGAAGAAGCAAGGAAGGAGCACACCCACCUGGUGGAGUCAAAGCGGCAGCUUCGAAGGGUUAUCAGUGACCUGCGUGUCCGGAAGGUAGAGCUGGAGUCCCAGGUGGAUCUGCUGCAGGCACACAGUCAGAGGCUGCAGAAACUCGUGAGCUCCCUUCCUCACUACAGCAGCCUAGAGGCCGAAGUUCAGAGGAAGCAGGAGAUCUUGAAAGAGCUGGAAGACAGUAAUGCUUCCCCACGUUUGGAGCCAAAUCUCCACAUUGAGGACCUGAGGAAAUCCCUUGGGACAAAUGAGCCUCAAGAGGUGUCCUCUUCUGUUUCCCAGAGCAAGGAGGAAAUCGACUUGUCCAUAGACAGUGUCCGCCACUUCCUCUCUGCUGAGGGCAUAGCUGUCCGUAGUGCCAAGGAGUUCUUGGUUCGGCAGACACGCUCCAUGCGGAGGCGGCAGACGGCUCUGAAAGCUGCCCAGAAGCACUGGUGCCACGAGCUGGCUAGUGCCCAGGACAUGGAUGAAGACCUGCCGGGUACCAAGAUCCUGGAAAAUGUGUGCAAGAACUUGGAAGAGGAGACCAGGCACCUGGAUGAAAAGAAAGUAACCAUGAGGAAAGGCCGUGACCUGCUGAAGAAGAAAGAGGAGAAGCUGAACCAACUAGAAUCCUCUCUUCAGGAAGAGGCCUCUGAUGAAGAUACUUUGAGGGGAUACUCUAUCAAGAAGGUGACCUUUGACCUCAGUGACAUGGAAGACUUGAGCAGCGAGAGUUCCGAGUCCUGCCCUUUGCCUCACAGUGAGUGGUAUUCUGUCACCCCAACCCCAAGCUCUGCUGACCCCAACAAGAUCCAUUACCUGAGCAGUUCCCUCCAGCGGAUCAGCAGUGAGCUAAAUGGGGUCCUGAAUGUGCUGGGCAGCCUCCACACCCAGCCACCACCACGGUUCCUCAAUACCCAGCCACCACCACCACCGCAGCCACUGCUCACCUCCUCAGUACGGUCUUCCAAGAGGAUUCCUGACUGUACCUCCCUGACCAGGCUGUCCUCAUCCUCUGUCGCACCUUCAUCCUCCCAAUGGGCCUGGGACCCAGGGCUAGACACCAAGCUCUCCUCCCCCUCACAAACUGUGGAUGAUUUCCUGCUGGAGAAGUGGCGCAGAUACUUUCCCUCCGGCAUCCCAUUGCUCAGCAGCUGCCCUCCUCCCCUGGAAAACAAGAUGGGCUACACGUCUGUCAGUGAACAACUCCACCUCCUGCAGCGUCCCCAUUCUCGAUCACCCAAAGUGGAUGGCAUCAGCGUUCAGAACAUGAUUGAGUCUAACCGGAAGUGGUUAAAAAAUUUCAGGAAUGACCCUAAUGUACAGCUCUUCUCAGAGCCUAAACCAGGAACCACUUCAAACCUACUGCAGCUGGGCCUGGAUGAGGAAAACAGACUGAGCGUGUUUUACUGUUGAGCCCUGUGUAGGGCUACGGCAGCCAACCUCCUCCCCUACACCAAGUGCCUGAGGAGCUAGUUGCCUGGACUUUAUUCCCUCUGAUAAAACAUUGUGUCCUCUGCUGUGUACCCUCACCCAGGCAUCACGGGGUGGGCGGUGGGUAGGGGGCAAUUUGAUGGGCGGAAAACAUGAUGUAGCUGGAAAUAGCUAUACACUCUGACUAUGGACUGUCCUGGGCUGGAAUAUAUGGACUUUGCCAGUUUCUGCAUCAACAUGGCACUGAGGAACUGUGGCUGCUCAGGGGCUUCAGGGAUGUAGGCACCUUCAUGAGGAGGGUGGCAUUACAGGAGAUGCCUUGGGAGGCUAGGGGAAUCCCCUUGGAGGUUCGUCUCCUGGUUUUCAAGCAAUGCUUAGGGCUCUCAUGAUGGUGAGGUUAUGGUCCUUCAUAAGGACAGCCUCCUAGCCACAGCUAUGCAUUGGAACCUGGCUCAUCUGGUCCUGUACCUGUUUUUCCAAUACCUCAGCCUCAUAGAGAUCAGAUGCUUUCCCCCUUUUUUGCCUUCCUUUUUUAAUGUCUCCUUUUGACCGUCUCAGGAUUGGGCUCUGCUGCCUGAGCCCUGUUGGAAGUUGCUAGAGGCUGGACUCCGGAAGUUCUGCCUCUUUUCUGUCUUUUCCCUCAGCCAGCACUGUGCUUUUCCUUAGGGCUCCCCUCAGAGCACUUUCCCUCCCUGGGCCUCCGCCUUGGAGCCCUCCCUUGCUCUCAGGUCUCAAGUACCUCACUUUUCCAGAAAACCAAAAAGCCAUAGGAAAAGACUGGGAUGGCUCCUUCCCAGUCUUGUUGUUUUCUCUUCCUAUAAUGCCCUGAGCCAGGAACCCUGUCUCUAUUUGUCUUUCAACUUGGGCCACCCCUGGCUCUUUCCCCCCACUGCCUCUUCCUAGAGCUUGGUGGAUGGGGCUGGCUGAUGCUUGGCACUGGCCGGGAUGAACUUCGGCCAGGUGGAGUCACUGGCACAGUUUCUACAGCCCCACUUCCCAUCAGGGGCUCCGCAAGAGUUGCAGGUGAUGUUCUCGACAUCUGUCUCAUUGUUUAAACAAAUGCCCUCAUUUUUCUUGUCUUGAAAAGUUAUGGGCUGCCUUUGCCUCUCUGAUCCACAGAAACCAACUUCCAUUUUAUCGAUAGCUCAUUUCUUUUCCAUGGAAUAAGACACUAAAAUCUAGAUGGAUUUUUUUUACCCUCUUAGAUGUUUUUUAAGCAUCAGCCAAACACACAGAAAAAGUCCGUUUUAUUAUUUGGUUCAUUCUGUGUGCUUUGAGAAUAGCUCACACGACAACGACCAACUCUGAUGAUAUGUGUUUUCUGCAUCAAUUAAAUCUCUGCAGAUCAAUUUUCUACAAAUC